AUGGCGAUUAAGUCAGCUCUCUUGCUAUGUCUCUCAUUUGCACUCUUGGCGACACCUUCUCAGUACUGUUCGGAAUGCAGUCUGCCUUGGCAAUCCUUCAGAGGAUUCUGUUAUCUCCUAGUCGAUGUUCCCAAGUCCUUCUGGGAGGCUGAGGGAUACUGCAAGAGUCUCUCAAGAGGAAGACGGGACGCCCACCUUGUCUCAGUCACUGAUGACCAAGAAGAAGACUUCAUCGAGGAAUACACGAAACCGUCUGGGCAGAAUGACAUCAGGAUUGGCUUCGUCCUGAACCACACGACCGAUGACUAUUACUGGGUUGACGGCAUCACAUCUCGGUAUACCGAUUGGGAUGCAGCAGAACCGACUAGAAAUGGAGAAGACUGUGCCGUUUUGAAGCUCUCGACACACUGGAAUGACCGCGGAUGCGACAACCCGUAUCCCUUCAUCUGCAAGAUUCCUGGAAAGUAUACGAAAUAA